AUGAGUGAAGAACCACGCUCUGAAGAGGAACCUGGAUUCAUGGCCGGGUUGAUAGCGGAGGCGUCGAGUCCGUUGAAUUUAGUGCUCUUGGUUCUGUGCAGUUUCCUAAUUUAUCGACUAUUGGGCUUCGGUUCGAAAAAGGAUGACGAGGACUCCACUCCUCUUCCACCACGGUUACCGAGAAUGAAGCGAAGAGAUUUCACCGUGGAAGAGCUGAAGGAGUUUGAUGGUGUCUUGAAUUCUGAGGGACGCAUUCUUGUCGCUGUUAACGGGAAAGUUCUUGACGUGUCCGCUGCUAAGCAGCUCUACGGACCUAACGCACCGUACUCGAUAUACGCUGGCAGAGAUGCUUCUCGAGGAUUGGCAAAAUUCACGCUUGACAGUGCACCCGUGGAGUACGAUGACCUCAGUGAUUUAAAUCCCGCAGAAAUGGAAUCAUUACGAGAAUGGGAAGCCCAGCUUACGGAACGUUACUUCUGCGUCGGAAAGCUAUUGAAACCCGGCGAGAAACCAACGGAGUAUUUCGACGAGGAGGAUUCGCCAAACAAGUCCAAAGCUAGUUCAGCGGACACUGAAUCGAAGAAAGAAGCAUGAAAUGCGGUAUGGGUUGGAAUCGUUAUUCCCUGCGGUUCCAUCUAGCUGUCUAUUCUCGUACUUCCUUUUCUUGUAUCGCGGUUGAUGACAACUUGACAACGGUGCUGCUUUCCUUUCCCCAGCUGUUCCCGUUCCAUUAUUCGUUUUUGCGCACACGAAAAGUAUCUUGGUGAGAACGCGAUAAAUUUCUAUGCGUUGAUUCCUCGCGCUGGGAUUUUUUUUCAUUUUGAUGACGGAUAAAGUUGUGAUAAGUCUUCAUAUGGUUUCCGGGUGUGUGUGUCUGUGAGUUCGUGUCUGUGUGUGUCGGCUUACGGGGCUCUUUCUGUCGCCUGGAGAGAAGUUCAUUCGCACGUCUUCCUGUACCGUUCAGUGCGGAAUUUAGCGCAAAUUAUUUUUUUUCGUGAAUGGGUUACCUGAAAAUCGUCAAUUGACGUGACGUUCUAUGGUCGUCGCUUACUUUCGAUUUGGUUUGCGAUAGCGAAGUAGUUUUAAUCGGUGCGAAUUUCGAGGUGGGAGGUACCCGACCAUGCUUACCCUCUGAGAUGUAGUGUUCUUACCGCAUGUAUUUAUUUUUUGAACUGUUCUUUUUGGGUACGGGGUGUAAGAAAUCACGGUUGUGUGUCGUAUGCAAUCGGUCGGAAAUAUCAUCUGAGAAUUGGAAGUGUUGCCGCGGUGGCACGUUUUGAAUUCUUGUUCCUGGGUCAGUUGUGCGCAGAAAUGGAAUGGGAUAUUUGAUCAAAA